UGUUGUGUUGUUCUCUAGAUGAUACUUUAAAUAGUUCCACGAUACUCCAGUUUUACCUUCAUUUCCUAUUUUUAUCCCUUUUCACAUCAUGCACCUACAGUUAUUGUCUUGUUAUAUUUUGACUGUUAAAUUAAUUUUGCCACUAAUUGGUCAGUUGAUGAAUGUGCUAAUUAGUUGUGCAAAAUUUCACUGAGUAACCUAUCACUUCCUCCUACUCCACAGUAUCAUCAUGUAUAACCACCUACAAAAAAACCCCACCCCCAGUCCCGCCCAGGUCAACACCCACCAGACCAUACAUCUCUAUAACAGCCCAGAGCAGCACAGAAUCUGCACAAGAUGCCUACAAUGAGCUCACCAGUGCUGGUCCUGCUAACCGGGCCUUAGCAGCAGUCCAGUCGGGCCUCAGCAACUCCACAGAGAGCAUUGAUAGCAUGAAGGCCCUGACAGCAGCCAUCGAGGCAGCGAACGCUCAAGUCCACGGCCCAGCCAGCCAGCAUGUGACCAACAGCACCAUUACCAUCACCACAGCCUCCGCCACCACUAGCGUAAGACACAUCUCACAGGAAGCUAAGAGAGAUGCCCUCAGGAAGUGCCUGUCUAUAGGGAUACAGGUGGACGGUCCUGAGGAAACCAACCAAUCAGAAGUGCUCUGCAAGUUUCAGUCGGUCGGCAUUCAAGUAGAGGAGGAGAGAUGCUAUCGCAGAGUUACACGCUCCAACAGCGUCACCACUGCCGUUCAAGCUGAUCUUGAGAAAAUUCACUAUCGCAGAGUUACACGCUCCAACAGCGUCACCACUGCCGUUCAAGCUGAUCUUGAUCUUCUGGAGGGUCUUGGCGAUGACCAGUUCACACAGACCCACCAGGGGCCCAUUGUCCGCCAGCCAUCCCGAGAUUCAUCCACUUCUACUGUCAGCAUCCAGGGCUCUGGGAACCACUACCAUGCCUGUGUCCAAGAUGACUACACCGACGUGGACUUUGACCCCUCCAUUCUGCCCCCUCCAGACCCCUGGAUGGAUGGAGCCAUGGAGGAGGCAUAUGCGAGUGGGGUGUCAGGGUCCGUGUGUCCGCAGGACGGACGCUGGUUUCUGAAACUGCUGCAAGCAGAGGUGGAGAGGAUGGAGGGGUGGUGCAAACAGAUGGAACAAGAUGAGAGAAAGAAUGAGCUCCCAGAAGACAUUCUCGGCAAGAUUCGUAGUGCGGUGGGUAGUGCGCAGUUGCUGAUGUCGCAGAAAUUUCAGCAGUUCCGGGAGCUCUGUGAAGAAAACUUGAAUCCCAAUGCCCACCCACGGCCCGUGUCUCAAGAUCUGGCAGGAUUCUGGGACAUGCUGCAGCUGUCCAUUGAGAACAUCAGCCUGAAGUUUGAUGAGCUACACCAGCUGAAAGCUAACAACUGGAAAGCACUGGAGCCUCCUGAGAGAAAGGAGAGGCGCGUGCCCCCUCCAGUACCCAGGAAGCCGGGGAAAGGUCCCGUGCUGCUAAUGAGAGACCGGUCUUUGGAGGGCUCCCAGCGGUUGGAGGCCCGUAAGCGGCUCUUAGCGGCUAAACGCGCUGCUGCCUCUCAGCGCCAGAGCUCUGCCACAGAAUGCGCCGACAGCAUCGAAAUAUACAUCCCAGAGGCCCAAACUCGAUUAUAAACACUGAAAUCCGGGUGCUAAGAAGCCUAAAUAGACACACACACACACACACACACAUCUUCAACCAAAACACAAUAGCACUGAAUGACAAAGGUAGGGUAGCUGUAACAUAAUCACUCCUCUUUUCUUGUGUAAAGGAGAGUUUCUUCACUGUGGGCUUCUACUGUAUGUAUUUACGACUUAAUUUUACUCUCUUCCUCCGUCCUGCCAUUUGCGAUGUAGCUCCCAUGUUAAACUCCCAAAGACUUUUAAUAUUUCUAUUGGACACUCUAUAUUGUUAAAAUAACCAAUAAUAUAUAUAUAUAGACUCAUGCCUAAAAUACAACAUAUUAUUAUGUCUGUUGAUAUUACUACCCAAAUAAUGCACACUGCUGAAUUUUAUUAUGUCAUUUGUAGUUUUUUGCAGUUACCGUGUAAGAGCCAUGUCUUGUGUUCUCAAAGAGGACAUAACUUCUAAAAGGGCAACAUACCGAUCACUUCUGAAGAUUUUAAUGCCAAUGUAGCCACAAAUUCAGUGUAUGUAUGUAAAUGUGUGUGUCAGGCUUUUAGUGCAUGUAUUACACUCUCUCACUUGUCACCCUGCACCUCUGAGACAGGGCGAGGUUGUUCUGUUUUCAGUAUCGGGGGAUAGAAUGGAAAAACCACCUCUUCUCUUCUUUCUUCUCAUAUUUUUCAACCUCCCACUCGGUCAUCCUCUCCCGUCCUCUCAAACCAUCCUAUCUCCUUUCCUGUUUACUCACUAUCAUCUCCCCUCAGCAGAACCACUGGACAUAGAUGUCCAUCAUAUCUAUCAAGUGUGACACUUUUAUCUGUCAGCGCUUAACGUGUUCACGUCAUUGACAGAAGCGCUGUCAGAACACGCCACUCUUCACGGCUCUGAUUCAUUAGCCAUUCAUAAAUUAGCAAUGUGUCACGUUAUGAAACGUUACAUACAGGCAGUCAGGGAUUUCAUUCAGCAUUAAGCCCCGUUCACACUGACAGCGAUGAAGUGAUGCAAAGUCUUUAUUUGUCAAAGAUUUCAGUGACAUGAACAAGGUGGUGCAAUGUGGCCAUAUCCAAUGAAUUGCUGCUUUAUUCCUUUUGGUUGCGACUAAGUCAAAACAAUCACAAUUAUGAAAUAAAUAUUCACAGUCUAUAAAGCCAAAAUUGUGACCCACAAUUGUGGCUUUGUGGAUUGUGAAUUUUUAUUUCAUAAUUGUGAUUGUUGUGACUUCACGUAGUAAUUAUAAUUUAGGUUAAUUGCGACUUUAUAUCGUUAUUAUAACUAUCACAAUUACAUUUAACAUUCAAACAGUAUAUCACAAGAGAUUUUAUUUCUCAUAAUUAUGAUUUUACGUAAUGUAAUUGUGGUUUUAGAUGUUAAUUGUGAUAACAUAAUCGUGACUGUUUCUCGCAAUUGUGUUUUCAUGUGUCAUAGUCACACAAUGUAGUACAAUUGUGACCAUAUAUCACGAUAUAUUGUAUAGGCCUAUCUCUUAAUUGAGACUUUACUUCAUAUAAUUGCGGUGGUGAUAGUUGAAUUUUAGGUGAUAAUUGUGAUUUUAUAUCGUAAUUGUGACUUUAUUUUUCGCAAUUAGGUUUUUAUAUCUUUUAUAUAAGUCGCAUUAUUAGAAUACCUCAGUUGUGAUUCUGUAUAUCACAAGAGAUUUUUUUCUCGUAAUUGUGACUUAAUGCUUUUUCAAUUUUAAGUGAUAAUUUUGAGUUUAUAUCGUAAUUGUGGUUUUAUUACUUUUACUCUCAUAAUAAAUAUAUCACAGUUGUGACCCUAUAUAUCAGGAGAGAUUUUAUUUCUCAUAACUGUGGCUGAACGUAAUUACAAACUUAUGUCAAAAAAUGCAACUUUAUUUCUCAAUUGCGGCUUUAUUUCUCACAUCGUGACUAUAUCUUUAUACCUCACAACUAUAUUUGAACUUUAUGGCUUAUUUAACUUCAAAUAAAAUUGCUGUCAAUGUGAACGGCCACAACAAGACAGGUCAUUUUCUAAUUCUAUGGCAUUAAAUAGCUCCGCCCACUGUGAAAUCUCAUUGGUUUAUUCUGCUCUUCAUAACUAAACAUUAAACAUCUGAUUGGCUGUGAUAAUGUUAUGUCACUCAGCAGUUUCUCCUUCAGUAUGGGCAAAUGAUCUUGGCAGUAAACUCAUCACAUCGUGCCCUUUUAGGACAUUUUCUUGAACUUGGCAUAAGAUUCUUUUUAAAAAAAUGCACAUUAUUUAGCAUAUUUUGUAAAUAUAUUCUAAUUAUAAAACUCCUUCCCGACUGCUUACUUAAAUAGCUCCUCCCUAUAUUUGUCUAAAUGUUUGUAUAAAUGAAUAUAAAGUAAAAUAUCAGUAUUUUAUAAUGGAGUUGUAGAGAUAUUUAAGACCCGAAUAAACACAUUUAAACUUGCAGACCAUCAUUUUCCUCUUUACCAUUGCUUAUGACUUUCAAUAAUGCUUAAAGUAUCAUUUUAAAUAAUACAACUGCAAUGUCACAGCUCGAUAAAUGUAAUACAUACACAUUUUAGUUAAAAACUCACAUUUUGCUGAGUAAUUUAUUCAUUGUAUUUAUAAUCACAAGCAUGAUAGGCCAAGUCAGUCAAGUGUGUGUGUGUUUUCCACAUCAAGUGCAUGUACCCAAGUGCUUCCUAAUUGACCUGAAGGCAUCUCUCUUUUGUCCAACCGAUAUGUAGCACAGUUGAUACUUUGUAAUAUAGAUCAGCUAAUUUCUUUUGUUUUUAUUUAUACAAAGGUGUGUAUACUUUCAGCAACCCUGCAGAGACAGUGCAAGUAAACACAUGUAUCAAUGCAGAGCACAUAACAUCAGUUUAUUAUUUCUAUUUAAGGAAACCUACUUUAACCAUUGAAUUACACUCUUGUGCUGCUCAUGUAAUUGAUUUGUAAACAGCGCUGCAUCAUAGUUGCACUGACAGGUUACUCGAUACUAGUCAAAACCUAACUGCACUGUCUCAUAUUUUUCAAUAACUGAUAAUACUAGUUUGCACUUGUUAAAUAUGUUAAAUAAACAGAGCUAUUUCUUUUUUCUUUCUCAGAAUAUUUCACUGUGGAUAGACACAUCACUAUAAAUAUAUAUAUAUUGAUAUUAAUUUCCCAGCAGCCAAUGUGCAGCCAUUCUCUUUUUUCAUAGACAGUUCGGUUGCAUUGGCUUUAGUUUGAUCCUGUAGGUGUUUAUCUUAUUAACUAAACUCUUAGUUCCAGUUAUUAUGCACUAGAGCCCUUCUACUGUGGUUAAUGUUUGUUUGAAAUAUUAUUGAUGUUUAAACGCUCGGCCUUAAUUUAUGAAUAUAUGAUAGUCAUGCACAACGUAGCCUCAGGGGAGACUAUAUAACGUGUGUAUGAAUGUGCGUGUGUAUGUUUGUGUAUGUGUAUAUCAUGAACAGGUCUUAUACUGGAGAUGUUACAGUACCAAUUAAAGCAUUCAAUAUUGAUGACAAAAUAGCCAUUCAUAUUGAUAUUUCUGUAUCAAUGUGUCCAGUAGUAUUUCAUGGCAUUUACAGUCCAAAUUUACACCAAAAUUAGGAAUAAAUUUGUCUUGUUUUGGACAAUCAGUGAUUAACACAAAGGAAAUCCAUAUUUUAUUUGUAAAAAAAUGAUAUAAAUAAAAUACUGAAAUGUUUAUUG